AUGCAGCUCAACCAGGGGAAGCUGAGAAUUGUGUUCCCUAUCCGCCAUGACGAUGGUGUCUUUGAGGCGCCAACCAACCCACUGCCCAGGGCCAUCUUCUCCAUGGCACGCCAGCUGCUGCUGCGAGGUGACCUCGCAGUUGUAGUAUUCCCGCCCGAUUCCAUCGUCGAUAAAGCGAGCCCUGUUGAAGCCGAGCUUGUCCGUCGCGGCUCCCUUCUGGAAGAAGGCGUGUCGCUGGCGGCGUUGCACCCGGAUCCCGGCCCGACGGUGCGCGUUGCGCCGCCGUCCGCAGUCGUGCUGGCCCCGGUCUCGUUCGCCUUUAGGGGCAGGACCGCGGCGGGAGGCUCGGCCGACAGGGCAGGAGAGAUCAUCUCCAAAUGA